GUACUACAAAUAGGAAACACUUUGCGCGCGCGUGAUAGCGUAUUUAUAAUAUGGCUGGUAAGUUUUUUAUACCUGGCAUUUUAUUUUAUUCUUAGUGCGCCGUGCUAGUUGAAUGAAGCGUUUUUUCUACUCGGUAUUGUGCUGCGCGUGUGUUCAUUUGUGCGCCGUGCGCCUAUAAGUAAGUACGCUUCUUCUACGCUUAUUUUGUACGCUUACUGGCACGCUUACCGGCACGCUCACUUUACGCUUGCUAGCACACUUGCUGGUCGCUUUUACUGGUCGCUUACUGGGUACGCCCAUUUGUACGCUUUCCCUUCGCGCUCAUUAUAUAUACAUUCACUCGUUUACAUUAUGCGUUGCUUUUUCCCCUAAAGUCGAAGCAAAUCCGCAUAGCAUAACAGCCGGGUGAAACAUAUUUGCGCCAUUAUACGUAAUCACGAACAUAUACGCAUAGUUAUACACGUGUAUAUUUUUACGAAACAUGUACAUGUUAAUUGAUUCACAUCGCGCAGUGCGUCCACGUGUAUAUAAAUAAAUAAUAUAUACGUAAUGUACAUAAAUAAUAUGUACGUAAUGUACAGGUAAUAUUAUUUACGUGAUGUACAUGUAAUGUUAUAUACGCAAUAUACACUAUACAAUAUUUAUCGCGUACAGUACAUUACAUGCCUGGUAUACACAUAAAAAAUAAUACGUUUACCUCGCAUAUCUGCACUAUAUACUUUAUACUGACCAAGCAAAAUUAAAAAUGAGUUUUGAAUUAAAGAGCUAUAAGAACGCCUGACUUAAUCAAAAGAAACAAACCAGCAAAAGCGAAGCUUUUCCAAAGAGGAAAAAAAUAAAAUAAAAAAUUAAAAAAAAAAAAAAAAAAAAAAAAGCAUUAUGUAUAUAUAUGUAUAUACAUAUACAUUUAUACAUAAAUGACUCAUUAUGCAUUUAUAUAUAUAAUUAAUCGUAUAUAUAAAUAUAUCAUCACAAACGAGAAACAAACAAAGAUUAGUAAUUAGGAACGGGGGAACAAGAUAACCCGAAAAAGAGGAAAACGAAGAGGCAGAAAAGGAAGAGCAAGAAGAAAAGAAGCAAGAAAAAGAAGAGCAAGAAAAAAAGAAGCAAGAAAAAGAAGAGCACAAAAAGAAGAAAUUGUUUUAAACAAUAUACAUAUUCGAAAGUAUGUUAACUUAAAACACGACUAAGGAACGAGUGUUACUUUUCUCAUUUGCUAUAACACAACAAACAAAUCAUGGAAAUAAGAGUAGCGAAUAAAUAUGCGUUAGGAAAAAAAUUAGGGAGCGGCUCUUUCGGUGACAUUUAUGUCGCCAAAGAUAUUGUAACAAUGGAAGAGUACGCCGUAAAAUUAGAAUCUACACGAUCGAAGCACCCCCAGCUGCUGUACGAAUCGAAGCUGUACAAAAUAUUGGGAGGAGGAAUCGGAGUGCCCAAGGUAUAUUGGUAUGGCAUAGAAGGGGACUUCACCAUCAUGGUUCUCGACCUCUUGGGGCCAUCUCUAGAAGACUUGUUCACCCUUUGUAACAGAAAAUUUUCUUUAAAGACUGUCCUCAUGACAGCCGAUCAAAUGUUAAACCGAAUUGAAUACGUUCACUCCAAAAAUUUCAUACACAGGGAUAUCAAACCGGAUAACUUUUUGAUAGGAAGAGGAAAAAAAGUUACCCUAAUUCAUAUCAUCGAUUUUGGACUUGCGAAAAAGUAUAGAGAUUCGAGGUCGCACACGCACAUUCCAUACAAGGAGGGGAAGAAUUUGACGGGGACGGCGAGAUAUGCCAGCAUAAACACACAUUUAGGCAUCGAGCAAUCGCGCAGGGACGAUAUAGAAGCCCUGGGUUACGUCCUCAUGUAUUUCCUGCGAGGCAGUUUGCCAUGGCAAGGCCUGAAGGCUAUUUCCAAAAAGGAUAAAUACGAUAAAAUUAUGGAGAAGAAAAUAUCCACGUCUGUGGAGGUCUUGUGUAGAAAUUCAAGCUUCGAAUUUGUAACCUAUUUAAAUUACUGUCGAUCUUUACGAUUUGAAGAUAGACCCGAUUACACCUACCUGAGGAGGCUCCUGAAGGACUUGUUCAUAAGAGAGGGAUUCUCGUACGACUUCCUGUUCGACUGGACCUGCGUCUACGCAUCAGAGAAGGACAAGAAGAAAAUGUUAGAAAAUAAAAACCGCUUCGACCAGACGGCGGACCAGGAAGGGAGGGUGAAGCAAAACUAG